UCAAAGACAGAUACCAGCUCAAUAAAGAAAAUGUCAAAGAACUCCAAGAAAGAAAAGAAGAUAAAGGAUAUUCGGGAACGUUCUAGAGAACAUAGGCUAAGAAAGAAGAAAUACCUAGAGGACUUGACCAACAAAGUAACAUUACUUGAGAACCAAGUUGAAGCUUUAAAGUCUGAAAACAACAGACUCCAAGACAUAGUGGCAAAGUACGAAUCAGAAGGCAGGCCAGAUUCCGGAUGUGCUCCUACAAAUAAUAUGAUACACAACUAGCCAACUCAAGCUAUUCCCUAUAAAAAGGAACGAAGAUUAUGUAUUCAAUUACAUUUGGCCAAAGAUGUUGAAGAAUCCUGAUGAGAUCAGGUACACCAUGCUGGAUAAGGCAGCUAAUGAUAUUUAUGAGUGGAACAAAGACCGCAAGGAUUAUGUUAAGGAGCAAUUUAAGAAUAUCCUAGAUGGAAUGGCCUCAUUCAACUCGAAAUGCUUCUGAGUGAUUUACAACACUAUCCCAAGCCGUAAGUAUAACAGCUAUCUCCGAUCAAAAUAAGAGAAAGCACAAGUAUAUCCAAAAAGAGUGUGAAUCAGUGCAGGACAUCUUCUUUCAGUAUGAUUUCUCAGAAGAAUUGACUAAAAUAAUGCUUAAAUGCAGCAAGGUGGCAUCUAAAGGAUUGAAGGAGCUAUCCAAAAUUGCUCGAGAAUUGGUAGUUCUCAGAAACAGACUUCUGAAUGCCUAUAAUGUGAUGGAAGAAUACUUCGAUGCUAAUCAAGAGAUGUGGAUCAAAUAUGAUAAGGAAGAUGUAGUCAAGUUUAUCAAGAUCUUUAGUGAGAUGAAGAUCAGGAAGAUGGUCACAAAUCAUUCUGCUUGGCAGAUACCGAAGAAAAAUCAUACAAGUGAGAAUUAUGAAGAAGGGGAGAUGACUGAAGAGGAGCUGUAGUUU